AUGGCAAGGCUUGCGACACCAGCUUCCAAAUCCAAAACACCCAAAUCGUUCGCAAACAAUAACGGUCAGGAUGCCUCAUCUCCAGCGCUCGAGGCGGCGUUGAGGACUCUACCACGACAAGAACUACAUCGGCCGACCAAGCAAGCGUCCUAUGAGCUCACCAACCAUGCCAAAGCCUAUCUCGAGGGCGGACAAUACGCCAGCGGUUAUGACUUCCUUUGCAGCCUCCUUACCGCCGGUACCAGCAUCUCUACACCCGCAAAGCCAUAUAUAGGCUUCCUGGCACCGCCUGCGUACAUCGCGUUCGCCUCCUCCAUAGUCCCCGAUCCUAAACUCACGACUAAAGCGCAAUCACGAGAUGCGGUCAAGGGUUCCAAUGCUGCGUUGCGCUACCUACAAUGCAUACGCGCGACGAUAGACGAUCCCGCGUACACAACCAUAAGGAAAGCAUUCACUUUCCCAGAUGAGCGCAAUAGACGGCGCGCACCGGGCUAUAGGAACGACGCAAGCGCAUCACCCGAGCCGAGCGGCGAUAUUGAACGAAUAGCAGGCGAGGCUGCCAAUCAGAAGAGCCUGUGGUAUCGCGCAGACGACUUCUGGCACAUUGUGGGAUGGGCGUUUAAUUGCGCAGUAGCACAUGAGAAACGGUGGAGCCGAUGGAAGCUAUGGGUGACGAAUAUGCUUGACUUUCUAGAAGCCGAUUGGCAUGUUUGCGUCAAGCAGAGCAAGUUGCCAGAUGGGACGAGCGACACGACAGCCCUACAACAGAGUCUGAUCUGGCACUACAUUGUUGGGCAUGGGAGAGCUCCGACAAAUCGCGCCAGAAGACGUCGGAUAGUCAAGGCUAUACUUGCGACGGCAACACCCGAAUCACUCAAAGACUACCCGGAGAUAUGGGACAAGGAGACAGUGGAGCCGAAACGCAAGAGGGAUGACGACCAACAUGUAAAGGACGUUGACUUUGAAACUGGAGAGUUGGCCGACUAUGGUAGCGACGAUGACAUGCAGGACGUGCCGGAUGGUAGCGACAACGAGAGCGCAAACGAGACGUCUUGGGACACUAGCGAUGAUCCUAUUAGGAACAUACGCGAUGCUAUAGAGCACCUUGGUGGACAGGAUGCGAUCGAGCUGCGACAACGUCUCAUAGCACUCCUCGUCCAAGUAGCCGAAGCCUUACCAAGCCUCUUCACCCCGCUCUUCGACUUCUGCGACAACAUCCUCGAAGAAUUCAACCAGCUUCCGACCAUCAUCUUCCAAGCCCUACUGUCUACCAUACAGCUACCUUCCAAGAUCCGAGUCGCUUUCAACGCCAACCUCCUCCACCCUUUGAUAACCGGCAAGCCACCGAAUUACUUCAUCAGAAACCCCAUGCAGGAGGACUUUGAAGAGACACUUCUUCCCCUCAAGGGCACAACAAAGAGCUUUGCGGCAAACACCAAGAUCUCGCUUAUUCUGGAGCAAAUGUUCAUGUACAUGAUGGAGCAGAAAGCUCUCACUCCAACGGACGCUCUUCGUGAAGCCAUGGAGACUGGUAUCGAAGUACGGCAUAAAGUAUAUGGCACGGGUAAAGGCAAGAGAGGCAACGCUGAGGAGGAAGACCAAGCGAAGAGGCUGAUGCAGGCAAGUUCUGAGAGAUUACUAGGGUUGCUAGAGGUUCUAGAGAUGGCGGAAGGUUUACCGCCGCAGCCGAUGAAAGAGAAGGGUAGGGGUGGCGAAGGGUCUUUACUUGUUUCUUUUGGUUCGAAUCUGUCGCUUUCGUCGGCGCCUAGUAGUGAGACUGAACCUGAGGAUUAG